AUGACGAGUGAUUGCAAAACUAUUGUUGUGAAAUUAGGCAGUUCGUCGAUUGUCGAUGAGGUCACAAGAGAACCAAGAAUCGCUAAUAUGUCGCUCAUCGUAGAAACCUUAGUGAAAUUAAGAAGACAAGGUCAUAGAAUAGUCAUCGUCUCUUCUGGUGCCAUCGCUGUUGGGUUGAAGAGAGUGGGGCUCACAUCCAAACCAAAACAACUAUCGAAAGUUCAAGCGUUGGCUUCUAUUGGUCAAGGUAGAUUGAUUGCGUUAUGGGAUGAUCUCUUCAAAUUAUUGGACCAACCAAUCGGUCAGAUCUUGAUCACCAAGAACGAUAUUGCUGCUUGGAACCAAUAUAGAAAUGCUAGAAAUACUAUUAAUGAGUUGUUGGAUAUGGAUAUAAUCCCUAUUGUCAAUGAAAACGAUACUUUGUCAGUUAGAGAAAUCAGGUUUGGUGAUAAUGAUACUUUGUCUGCCGUCACCGCCGCAAUGAUUCAGGCUGAUUAUUUGUUCUUGUUGACCGAUGUCGACUGUCUUUACACGGAAAACCCAAGAAAUAACCCAGAUGCAGUUCCAAUAUUGGAAGUCAAAAAUAUGAAUGAUUUGCAGGUAGACACUCUGUCGGGGGGUAGUGAUGUGGGAACCGGGGGGAUGACCACAAAACUUAUUGCUGCGGAAAUUGCUACUAGUGGUGGGGUCACCACUAUUGUCACCAAGAGUUCGGUCCCAGGUAAUAUCGCGAGUAUUGUUGACUACAUUCAAGCUAACGAAUCCGAUCUACAGAAUUUAUCAUUGGAAAACGAUGACGUACAAUUUUUAGACAAACAAAAGAAGGAACUCGAGAUGUUGGUGAAGCACGAUGUUCCAUUACAUACUAGAUUUAUUGGUCAAAAGGAAAAUGCUGCAAAAAAUAGAGAGCUUUGGUUAUUGUAUGGGUUGAAACCAUAUGGUACAAUUAUCGUCGAUGAAGGUGCCUCCAAGGCGUUGACCAGAAAGAAUAGAGCUGGACUCUUGCCUGUGGGUAUCAUUGAAGUGCAAGGAUCUUUCCAUGAAGAUCAGUGCGUAACUUUGAUGCAAGGUGCUAGAUUGCCAAAUGGUGAACUAGACACUUCAAAAGAGUUAAUAGAAAUCGGUAGAGCCCGGGUGAACUACACAUCGGCUGAUUUGGCGAAAAUUAAAGGCUUGCACAGUAACGAAAUUGAGAAGGUAUUGGGCUACGCCGAUUCUGAAUAUGUUGCACAUAGAGAAAAUUUGGCUUUCCCAGUCAUUUGA